AGACACCUACAUGUACCAUAUCGUGGAUACAGGGGCUGUACACGAGGGCUGUACUAGUGUGAGAAUGGCGUGUCUCACAGGAAUGACAGGAUAAGAUGUUUUAAAUUUGUAUCUAUAAAAUUCUUAACAAGAAUUAUUUUGAUCAAUAUUUAGAAAACCUUCUUGAUAAAUAGAUUUCAUUAGGCGAUUUAUAGCAAGCAUGUUUGAAUAUGGUACAUCAUUAAUCAUAUUUAUAGUUUAUGUAUAAGUUAAGCAUGUUUGUGAAUUAUCAUUAUUUGUCAUAUUGAUAUUGUUUAGGUGCUGAUCCUCUCAGAAGGCAAAGGAAGCCUCAUGCCGUUCCUUCAAUAUUCCCUUGGAGCAGCUCAAGGAUAUGCGAAGAUGACAGAAACCAACGACGCAUUGCACGCAAGAGAAAAGUGGAGCAAGCCUGUACUAGUCCGAUUUCCGAUGACGAGUCUCAAGUAGCCAUUUUUUCCAACAUUGGUAAUUUUGUAGAAACAAGUAUUUGCGAAAGUAAUGAACCAAUGCCGUCAUGUAGUUAUGGAUCCUCUGAUGCUGCACCAGUUUAUACAGAAAGUUCAUGCCAAACCAUGUCAUUGCCAAUAAUGUCAGUGGAAAAUUUCAUAAACGAUAGUGAAGGUUUUAUGUUCUAUACUGGACUAGCAACAUACACAGAGUUUUUACACGUGCUGUAUAAUUUAGGUGAGGCUGCAUUUCAUUUGAACUACAUAUACAACCAGGUGCAGAAUCUGACAAUUGAGAACCAGUUGUUUCUGACCUUGAUCAAACUAAGACAAUAUAAAACUAACUUUGAACUUAGUAGGCUUUUUUCAGUGUCCACAACAACUGUUGAAAAUAUAUGGCUGACAUGGGUCAACUUCAUGUACAGGCAGUGGCAAGAGGUUAACUUUUGGCCUGACAGAGAGGUGGUGAAUUUCUUUGCUGCAAGGGAUUUUUAUUCGAAGUUCCCAACAACACGGUUAAUCAUUGAUGGUACCGAGAUUGCUGUCAAGAAACCAAAGCCACCAAUAGCCCAGCAGUCUUCUUUCUCUACAUACAAGAAUCGGAAUACUGUGAAGGUACUUGUUGGCUCAACACCUGGUGGUCUUGUAUCUUUCAUCUCAUCAGCUUUUGGAGGUUCUGCAAGUGAUCGUCAACUUGUGGAACGCAGUUCCUUGUUGAAUCAGUGCGAGCCAGACGAUUCAGUGAUGUCUGACAAGGGCUUUAACGUGCAAGACAUGUUUGCUUGCAGGGAUGUUAAAAUUAAUAUUCCAACAUUUUUUAAGAAGAAAAACCGUAUGUCGGGAAACACUGUGUUGCAUGAUCGCAAAAUAUCUAGUAAAAGGGUGCAUAUUGAACGGAUAAUUGGAUUAGCAAAAAUAUUUAAAAUUUUGAAGGGCCCCUUGAACAGCACCGAGACAAAGUUAGCAAGUGAAAUUAUCUUUGUAUGCUUCACUAUGUGCAACUUCAGAAAAUGUAUUGUACCCAAACAUGCUUAAGAGUUAAGAUUGUUAUGGUCUGUGAAGUAUAAACAUACUUAUGUAUUUUCAUAUGAUUUGUACUCUCCAGGCUCCAAUAACUUUAUUUUUUGUAUUCCAAGUCUCUAACAAAUACUAAAAUAUUAAAACAUCAAAUGAUA